AUGAAUAUACCGACGCAUUACGCUGCAAAUCGGGACGGACUGCUGGACGUUAAACAAGUACUCGUUAGUUAAGUCGAAAUGUGUCGCAGUUUUCGAUCAGCACUAGCAACGAACCGUUGUGUGUAUCUGCUAUGUUGCGUGCUUGUACUGGUCAUAUCCUUCACCGUACCAGCUACCGCUCAGCACAACCAGGCCGAUGAGACGUGUGAAACGCUCCCGUCGGAGAUUCAUCUCAUAAAAGAGGAAUAUGAUGAGCUGGGGCGACUCUAUCGUACCUGCAACGGAGACGUUACAGUCAACAAAUGUGAGGGAAAGUGCAACAGUCAGGUCCAGCCGUCGGUGAUCACGGCGACGGGCUUUUUAAAAGAGUGCUACUGCUGCCGGGAAUCGUUCUUGCGCGAGCGACAACUGCAGCUAACGCACUGUUACGAUCCGGAUGGCGUCCGGAUGACCGACCACGAGUCUGCCACGAUGGAAAUUCGCCUCAAGGAACCGGUCGAUUGCAAGUGUUUCAAGUGCGGAGAAAUGGUUCGCUAA